AUGACGUACGGAUUCCCUCAAGGUUCGAUGCUCGGACCCACCCUCUGGAAUAUAUUUUACGAUCAGAUACUUAGAACCGAUACAGGCCUGGGCAACACGAUCUUAGCUUAUGCGGACGAUCUAGUCCUCUUAAUAACUGCAUUAAUAACUGCAACCUACACGAUCCUUGAAGAAAAGAUUCAGACGGCUGCGCUAGCGAUUAAAAAUAAGUUGGAAAGCAUGGGCGUCAAACUGGCCCCAGAAAUGACUUCACACGUCACAGAAAUCAGGGAUAAAACGACUGGCAUGAUCCAGCAUCUGACGAGAAUAACUCCCAAUAUCGGAGGACCUCGCGCGGAAAAAAGACUUCUCGCUUCGGUACUUCAUUCGACCAUACUCUACGCAUCGGCGAUCUGGGACAGAUCCAUGCGCUUCAAGCAUUACGAAAACAUGCUAGAAAGGAUAAAUAGGAAGUUAGCACUCAGGGUUGCAUCGGCAUACUGCACAUGCCCAACAGUAGCGGUACUGUGUCUUGCUAAGAUACCUCCAGUCAGUCUACUGAACCAGGAAAGAAAUCAAAUAUAUAAAAAUGAAACUUCCUUCCGGAAAAAGGCCAGAAACAUGGUACUAGAGCAAUGGCAGACACGAUGGGAAGCAUAUAGCGGAUGGACAAAGACUUUCAUACCCAAUAUUAAAGAUUGGAUAGAAUGCGACCAAGCAAACACGGACUAUUACAUCACGCAAGCUAUCACUGGCCAUGAAGUAUUUGGCGAGUAUCUGCACAGGAUCUGCAAGCCUGACUCUCCUACAUGCUGGUAUUGCGAUGUGUCAGACACGGCUAACCACACACUAUUUGUGUCACGCGCACGAAGAAUUUACGGGAAAACGCAGAAACAGUAUGUGGUACGAAGAUUACUAGAGUAA